CUUAUCAGUGAGGACCGCGGACAGGCUUUUCCGGUCAUUCUGAGCUGUUGCAGUGUAUUCGCCCGUGCGUCCCGGUGACAGACAGGAGGGGACCACUGACCACAGCUAAUCGCUGCCGCCGCUGCUGUUGCUGCUGCUGCUGUGAUGAAGAGGAUGUCACUGUCCUGCAGCGGAUUAUCUCCAGGACUGGACUGUUGAAGACUACCCCCCAGCCUCACACGCUCACCCUGACUCCCUCCUUUCUUUUCCUCUUCGGAUCUCAAGAAAUCGACAAAAAGGUAAAGCACCAGCGGGCGGGACACUUCAGCCUGCUGCUGGGACAAAUGAGAAACUGACACAGUGAGGAGAUUUGAUAUUGGGAUGGUGAUAGGAGGAGGCGACUGAAACAAAGCGCUCCAUGACACUCCACUGUGAGGACUAGGUGAACACAUCUAGGCUCCCUACAGUUUAGAAUCCUUACAUGAUGGGGGACUCACACUGCAUUUCCCAUCGUGCCACUGAGGCAGCACUCAGAAGGAGGUUUAUCACAGUUCUAUCUUUUGCUUUACUGCUACCAGCGGUGAGCAUCAGUGCUCAGUUAACCCCCCUGGACUACCGCAAGACCUGUGUGUGCGCCAGCAACAUCAUCAGCUGCUCCAUGAUGAAUCUAACCAACGUUCCCAACGGUCUUCCACAAUACACAGCUGUUCUGGACCUCAGCUUCAACUCCAUCAGCAGGCUGCGUGCCGAGUGGACCACCGUCAGACUCAGCAGACUGGACAAACUGCUGCUCAACAACAAUGGCCUCACUUUUCUGUCCUCAGAGGCGUUCGUGUAUGUGACAAAGCUCAGAUACCUGGACCUGUCAUCUAACGGCCUCCGUCUGCUGGAUGAGCUCAUCUUCGAGCCGCUGGAGCACCUGGAGGUGCUGCUGCUCUACAACAACUACAUCUCGCAGAUAGAUCGCUCAGCUUUCUCUGGCCUCGUCAUGCUGCAGAGGCUCUACCUGAGCCACAACCAGAUCUCACGCUUCCCCUUGGAGCUGGUGAAGGAGCGGAGCCGGCUGGAAACUCUCAGACUGCUGGAUGUUUCCUCCAACCGCAUCAAAGUCCUGCCUCUGCAAGAGCUUCAGGCUCUGCCCGCAUGGAUCAAGAAUGGUCUGUACUUCCACAACAACACUCUGCUCUGCAGCUGUGAGCUGUACGACAUGGUGGCAAGCUGGCACCUCAAGGAGCUCAGCUCUGCCACUGACUUCAGGAGCAGUCACACUUGUGUGCUGCCAGGGCCGCAGAAAGAGAAAAUGGCCAUACUGGAUUUGGACAAGGUCCAUUUGAACUGCAGUGAGGUCAAAAUUAUGGAUAAAGAGGCCUAUCUGGAGCAGUUCCUGAUGCUGGACUGUGACACCAGGCAGAAGGACAUAAUAAAAAGCUGGGCGCUGCCUGGAAACAUCCCACUGUCUUCAGCAAACAAGACUGCAGUGAUGCGCUCUGAUGGCAGCCUCCAGCUUGGGCCCCUGAGAGUAGAAGACUCAGGGGUCUACACCUGCUAUGCCACGAGCGACUCCUUCAAUGAGACACUGUAUGUAACUGUAGUGGUGUUUAAUUCCACUGCGAGUGGUGGACUGGAGAAUCUAAAGACAGCCUACACCACCCUCGUUGCAUGUCUGGUCAGCAUAGUCCUGGUUCUCAUCUACCUCUAUUUCACGCCCUGCCGCUGCGCUUGUUGUCCAGGUUCCGACCUGGAGAAAGACAAUCCCAGAGACAGCCUCCACUCUUCGACUGUCAGCAUCUCUCAGGCACACGAGGAGACAGGGCAGGAGAGAGUGGAGGGCGGAGGCUUCCCCUACAGACACGUGGGCUUCCUGGACAUCAAGGACCAGCUGGAGCAGAACGGGCGGCUGAAUCCAAUAGGUGAGGAAGACGAGGAGUGGCAGGGGGACAACAAGGAGAGAAGGAGGUCUGACGCAGAGUCUGUCAGCUCUGUGUGCUCUGAUACCCCCAUGGUGGUGUAAAAGUAAGUGGCAGACCCAGUGAUGGCUCGACCCAUAUGGCGGCUCCACAGAGAUUUGUAUGCUUUGAAUGUGCACAAGAUUCAAACGUUAGCAUCUUCCAAACAAAGUUAAAGCUUUAGCUGGCUCUCACAGUUUAGUAGCACUGUUUCAGUAGCAUGUACUGUUCAUAAAAAAUAAUUAUCAGUGUAAUGUCACCAAAAAAAAAAACCCACCCCAGAUCAUCCUGUUCAUACCUAGACAUAUGUGGUAAAAAUUGUCUUUUUCAUACAGGACAGAAAUUUAAAUGAUCACUACUUAAAGGUGCUCUAUGUAUGUUUUUGCUAUCACUACGUAGCCAACAUUAGCAUUAACUGUUAUUUAUUUACCAGCUGUUUCCUAGAAGAAAUGUUGUGAGUUCAGCAUCAAACUUUAUUCCAUUACUAGUCUCCAGCAGUGAGAACAACACCAAUGCUAAAUCUUGUUUUGCUUCUUUUUCUAUCACUUCUUUUCUUCUUACUUAAGUUAGCAUGCUAACCAGUUAGCCCCAUCCCAUCUCGAAAUACCACUUUGAAACAGUGAGUCACUGUAACGUCCAGUCUGCCCACAGUCCAACAUGAGAGGAUGAAGAAGUAGAGCUGACCAGAGGACGUAUGCUAACAGCUGUUUAUGCUAAUGUUGGCUAUGUAGCAAAAUCUUACAUAUUGCACCUUUAACACGGAAAAGUGGCAUUUGUGAAGACACAGAAAGUGAUCAUAUUUUCAUGAGGGCACAUCACAAAUUGUUUUUUCUGUGUCUAAAAAUAGCAAUUAUUGCUUUUAUUGUUUUCACUUAUCAGACUUUUACCAGUUAAGUGUCAACUGACCCUGCAAGGAACUGUAAGAACAUAAGAGCUUGAUGGAAGAUGCUCAGAAAGGAAAAUACCAACCAUCAGCAGUAAUUACUCAGAGACAAACAGCGUGAAAACAUUUUUGAUGUUAUUCCUUAGUUUAACUUGCUUCUGAAUAUCCUGAGGCUGCACGUUAGAUAAAAGUUAUCCACCUGUUUCAUGCACUGGGAAUCUUGGCACUACAAAGAUGAGAAGUUUUAAAGAUGUUGGACAGAAGCUGCGGCUUGAAAGAGAAACUCAUUCUUAUGCAGAGCUUGCAGAGCUCACUUAAUUAUCACUGCGAGCUGUUCAAUAUUUUAUGCUUUACUUUACAUUCCUGUUUGGUUGGCCUUUACAGGACAUGAUACUGGAUUACUCUUAUGCAAUUUAUCAAUUUAAAUUACUCCAGAUCUGAGUGUGAUUUAAUGCUCAAGUAAUAAUAUGUGUUUUUACCUUCUGUUGAAGUGUUUAAAUAGAAAACUGCUUUUUCAAAAGUCUUCAAAUCUUGUAUGCAGAUCUAUUUUAAAAGUCAUUCUUGAUUCAGCAUAAUUACAGAAGCAACAACACAGUUUUGUGAUAAACUGUGCUUUAACUGCAAAUCACUUUAUUCUGGUUCUGAGGAAUCAUAGUUCCUUUUAAAUUUCUCUACGACAAUGACAAGAAAAACAAAAGGCUUUCAGAUAAACCAUACAAACCAUCUAGUGUUAUUCCUAUUGACCACAAUGGGCACAUACACACUGUAGGUAUUACUGACACUGAUAUCUAAUUGUGUACAUCAAUAGAAACUCAACUAUUGACUAUUUAUGGAUAAAUUGACAUGAAAUAUUGAUUCAAGUUGAGCCUGUAAAUAAUCUCUUUUUCUUCUUCCCACCAACAUGACAGGUAAUUUCCCAGUAUUUUAACUUUACCUGAGGGGUCUGCAGAGAUAUCACAGUUUCUAACUCAGAAAGAUAAGCAUCAUAAUAAGCUAAAGCUCAUUUAAAUCUUAAAUAAACAUUCCACAAGUCAACAGUAACCCAGCUGUCCUCAGUGCAGUCAGUACAGCUGCUGCAGGUUUUGUUUCCUGAUGACAGAUUUCAGCCUCAGUUUCUCUAGUAGAGAGGUUCCCAACCUGUUUCACUUUUACUUAACACAACCUCAUAGAAACAUGCAAACCCUCAUUGCAGGAUGUAUGACUGUGAGCUGUGAGUAAUCUAGUAAGAGUGAUUUUCCCUCCUCAGAUUACUUGAGCUGAAUACUUUUUACAGGCAUGAAGAGGUAAAACUAUGCAGUGUUUCACAUGAAUAUGAAUAAUAACAAUAAUUAUAUUAUUGAUAAUGUGUUUUCCUUACCUUAGUAAUCAUCUCACAGCCCCUUAGAUUCAGCACCCAGGCUGAGGAGCCAGUGCUCUAGUCUGAACAUUUUGUAAAGGGUUAAUCAUGUUACAAUUGUAAGAAUUCUGGUUUUGACUGGAUUUUCAUGACAGUGAGUUCAAAUUCCAAAAAAUAAUAAAAUAAUCUACCGUUAUAAUGCAGCAAAAAUGAUACAGUAUUAUCAGAGUGAGAUUCAGACCAGCAACAUCAAUGCACAUCCUGCCAUAUUGGGUAGUUAAUAGCAGCCAGGAAGCAUUGCUCAGGGGAAACAACUGGGAGCGAGUACCAUCUACUGAAUGCUUCUGGGCAUUAGUGCCCAACCCAGAGCAAAUCAGCAAAUGCCAGCCAGCCAGCCAGAAGUCUCAUAAACACAGUCAGAAAUAGCUGCUUGUAGCACAGCCAACACACAGGCUGCCUGACACAGCUGAAAUGUAAAUAUAGAGGUAGACGUUUUCAAACACGUCUUAAUUUUAGUUACAUCACUAAAAUACCUUGUAACUGUUUUUUAGAGGCUUGGUUUAUAACUUGGAUGGAGUCACCACAAAAGCUGUUUUCCAUUCUGUCUGCACACAUAUGAAUCAGUAAAAAAUCAUGAGCUAGAGUCCCAUACCAAUGAUGUUUUCACAGAUUGACACAGAGCACAGUUUAAGGUAAUACUAUCACUAAUAAUAAUAAAAACUGAAUUCUUAUUAACUUACAAAUCACUGACAUUGUACUCAUUAAAUUCAGACUCCUCUUUACAGAUCACAGACACACAAAGACGCACAUGGUAAUGUAACAGUGAAGCCACUUAACAGUGAAAUACAACAGUCCCAGAUAACAGAUGUAGCAAUGGAAAGUGCUUUUACUUUGAAAGAACAAUUAAUUGUAUCCUCAUUCUCAUGGUGCUUUUUCAGAAUAAUUUAGGUGAAUCUACACCUUAAUUAAAUGUCUUUAUAGAACUCUGAAAAACUCGUCAUAACAUUGUGAACAUUGUCUAAUAGUAUUAUAAUGUAGCUAUACAUGCUGAGGAACUUCAUUAAAUUAUAUCUCUCGAAGGGGCACAUAUCUACUCUAUGCUAGUGUUGUACAUAUUUCUCUUAUAACCAAAGACUGAGCUACGUACAUACAUUGAGAAUUAAUAACCUACAUGUUCAUUGUUUACAGUCGCUAGUUAUAUCAUCAUUGGUAUGUUAAAAGGUUACUUACUGUUUCUGUGUUAAGCCACAAACUUAUACUUUAAUAUAUGCAAUAAAAUACUUACUGUAUUGUA